AUGUGGUUGGUGAAUUUUCUAAAUGCUUUCAAAUCAGUGGUUUUGUGCCUUGGAAUCUUUGCCAACGGAUUGUGCAUUUAUGCAUUUCAUAGACUUAAUACUAUCAACCUUGGAUCAUUGAGAGUAUGGAAACCAAUAUUUAUCCGGAACUGUUUGAUCAAUCUUGUAUUCUGUUUGUUCUGCUUUUUUGUCUGGCCCGAGAAACAUGUUGAUAAAUAUGUAUUGCGAGUUAAUUCAAAUUAUCAUAAACUACUUCAUUUCGACUUUGUUCGAUAUUUGUUGAAAUGUUUCUUUUUUGUUGAAAGUCUGGUAAGUUUUGGGUACUGUACCUCAAUUUUUUUGUUUGAAAAAUUAGUUUCCUGAUUCAACAAACUGUCAAUUUAAUUAGACACGGUUCAAUGAGAGAGCAGAAAACAUUUGAUAUGUAAACAAACAUGCUUCGAAAAAAUCACAUGUUUUUUAGACAAACAAAACGCAUUUGAGAAAAAAGUUGUAAACUUUUUUGCAAUUUCACAACUCGGGAUCAAAUCUUUUAGAAAAUGGUGAAAUGCGGGGAGAAAAAUAACAAAGUUCAACCUAACCGAUUUUUUUAAAAUUCUGACUGGAAUUCCAGAGAUUUAACUACAGUUAUUUAAAAAAAAUUCUGUUAUUUUUUUCAGCCCGCUACAACCUUGAUUUGCUACCUCUUUCUUUUGGCAUGCAUUUUUCGAAACGUUGAAAGAUUUCUUCAAAACGUCACCAUUUUCUCGAACCUCACAAUCUACCUUGGAUUUUUGUUGAACACAUUUCUAUGUUGGUGUUCCUUAUGGAACACUCGGGAUGGUACCAUCGUUGUUGAAUUUCAGGUAAAAAGAAUUACAAAAAAAACUUCCACAUAAAAUUAAAUUGAUUUCACAGAUAUUGGAUCCCUCGACUCCAAUCAGUUUUGUCAAUUUGCUCCACGCGGUUUUGGUCGUCUGUUUCAUGGUAUUUUUGUUUUCGGAACCUAUACCUAAUGAAAAAAUUCCAUUUCAGCCAUUCUUAAUUUUCUUUGGUUACAUGCAAGUUCGAAUGAAUAUGAGUAUCCGUGGUGGAGUUCCAGACAAGCAGCGAAUUAUUUUGAGAACUUAUGUGAUUCAGGAAAGCUAUUGUACAAUUUUUAUCAUAGAAAUAAAUCAAAAGAAUUUUCAGGUUUUUCUUUUCCAUUUUUUCUCAAACAUCACCACAUUCUACGUCAUUUUUGUUCAAUUUUUGCGACUUCCAAAACACCCAGCUUUUCUGGCGUGUUUAGAUCUCACUGAAUAUUUUCCUCAUUUGAUGUUUCCACUCGUCAUUUUGUAUGAAAUUCAAGAAGCCAGGUAAAAACUAUGAAAAGAAUGAAAAAAAUAGUUUUGUCGAUUUCAGAGCAAUCAUAAUGAAGCUCGUAAAUGUGUGGAAACCAACUCAAACUCAACAACAACCAAUAUCCCUUCCAGAGCCAACAGUGGUAUUCAAAAAACGCCGUGGAACAAAACGAUUUGCAUCAGUUAAUUCAGUUUCUCAAUCUGUUGAAGUACAAGAGACAACUGCUUGA